CUCUGAUCGACCAGUCUUUCGUACGAUAGAGACAGAGGACCAGUCUAAAUGUAUAGCACGGUUUUGCACAAAAAUUGACACUUACUGGCUUCCAUAGUGUCAUUACCUUAUUGUCCUCCGCAGAUCUUAUUGGUGAACAUGGUUCCACUGAUUGAUCUACAGUCCUACAACAUUUUGGUGACUGAGGAGUCGGUUGAAACGGCUACACUAAAGGUGAUAGCGGAUCAGAUAUGCCAAGCCUUUCAAGAAGUUGGGUUCGUGUACCUGAAAAACCACGGGAUCCCCCGAGAACUGAUUACAAACGCACUGUCGACGUCAAAGACGUUUUUUGAUCAGCCGAGGGAAAAGAAAGAGCAGUAUGCUCUGCAACCCGGCCAUUUCCAUGGGUGGAUUGCAUUCGAGGCGGAAAGAGUUAAUCAUGACAGACCAGUGUUUGACGCAAGGGAAGGAUUCAUCAUGAGGUUGCUAGAUCGCAAAGACCAGACUCUACCAGAAAAAUUGCCACCAGAAGUUGAUUCAGCAUGGAAACAAUUGCAUAACAGCUGUUUCCAGCUAGGACUACAUGUCUUGGACCUUCUCUCCAUUGGUUUGGGAAAAAAUAGAGAUUACUUGAGGCAGUGUCACAAGAAAAUUGGUUUGGCUGAUAACAUUACCAUGUUACGGGCCAACUACUAUCCUCCAUUAAAAGAAAUAAAACCCGAGCAGGCGAGAUGUGGAGAACAUUCGGACUAUGGCACUUUGACCUUUCUCUUCCAGGACGAGGUUUCUGGUCUGCAAGCGAAAGUUCAGGGCGGUGACUAUGUUCCGGUGCAUCCCACUGAAGACACCAUUGUCAUGAACCUUGGUGAUAUGAUGCAGAGAUGGAGCGCAGACAGAUUAAAAGCCACGAAACAUCGCGUGAUGGCGUCACCAACAGAUGUGCACCAGCUGAGACAGUCCAUAGCGUUCUUUGUUGUCCCUGACAACGACGCUCUGAUAUCGUGCACAGACGGCUCUAACAAAUACCCAGAUAUCAUUUGUGGAAAAUACAUCAAAUCAAGCUUCACCGCUAAUUUCCAGGAUGAUACAGAGAACUAAUUAAUACAUGUUGCAAUAUAAUGUAUGGGUUGUUGCCUACGUCAUACUGGAUUCUAAAAAUAUUUAUUUUAUUGCCUACUGUAUAUUUGCAAAAUAAUUGUCCUUUCAAACUUGAAGUCCCAAUCGAGGACCUACAUAUAUUUUUUCUACCAUAACAUACAUGUAUACGCUGUCUUUCACCUCAAUAGACUCACAGACUCUCAAAUAAAUAGCCAACAGUUGAUUAUAUACUUAACUUUUAUAUGUAGUGAAUAAAUCUAUUAACAAAAAUCUGUAGUACAUGUAUUUAUAUAAAUUAUUUAAAGUUUAAAAUACAAUACAAGGUAUUUUAGUUUUAUUAACCGAGUUUUCCAACGGAAAAAUCCGGCUAUUAAAAUGGUGAAAAUGGCGGGCGGCUGCCAAAAGGUUACCCUUAAUGUAAGGAUAAUUCCUCCUACAGUUUUCAAGAUAGGAAAUUGUUCUUUUGCAGAUCAAUUGUAUAUAUAUCAGAGGUGUGCAUAUUGCUAGGAUUUUGAUUUCUGAUAAUUUUUUAGAAAAAAAUACCAGCUUUUGAACUUAGUCAUUUUUUGGCAAAAUAUUGCAUAUAGGUACUCCAUUUCAAUGGAUACGGUAGGUAGUGUUUAUCAAUUCAGGGUUGACAUGGAUUAUGUAUACAGUUCACAUAAAAGAAAACCCGGUUUGCUGUCACAUUAACAGCUUUUCACCUUGUUCAUAUUAAUAUUUAAUCAAUUACAAAUGUUAUUACAUUAUUGUAUAUUAACAUGUACCCAAAUAAAACGAAAGUGUUUGA